UUCUGGCAAAAUGGCACCGCCCCUUCAAAACGAAAACAAGGAAUGACUUCCUGACUGCUCCGCGAUUCUGUUCAGCUUAAUGUUUUGAAUGUCUCCUUAGACCAAAAUGGCCGAUUUAUUUGAGAAGAAGACUUCUGCGAGGGUGUCUUUGGAUGACACGCAGCUUUUAUUGUGUAUGAUAGAGACAGCUCAGAAAAAUGGCGACCAUAUCGAGUACAUUCUCCGAGUCCAAAGAGGUCCCCUGAAAGAGAAUUCCUGGCAGGUGAUGAAACGCUACAGUGAUUUUGAUAAUCUUGAGUCUCAACUACGUCAGUCCAACAUAGAACUUCCACUUCCACCGAAGAAAGUGUUUGGUAACUUUGACAGGGAGUUCAUCGCAGUCCGGCAGAGAGGGCUAGAGCAAUUCCUGGCGAUAGUGUUGGGGAGUCACCUGCUGUCCAGCAGUAUUGCUGUGAAGAGGUUCCUGGACCCCAGCAACUACCAGGCCAAUCACCUCGAGGUUGCUCUUCAGCAUGUCUCGAUGAUAUUCCGUUCUGAACCCAACUGGGAUGUUGUAGAACCAUUUCCUGAUGCAGGUUGGAGGAUUCGAAAGAGCUACAUCCUGGUGAAGCCACUCAGUCAACCCAAACAGAGGCAGAUGCUCUCAUGGAGUGACUAUGGUCCAGACAGCACAAUAGGAGAGAAGGAACUGUCAGCAUUGAUGAAAGUUCUAACUUCCAUUCAGCAUCCUUACAUACAUCCGACAAUAUUUGCAACAGCCAAUGAGAAUGGAGGAAUGGUGAUUCGUCAGUUCAGUGAAAAUGGCAGUCUAAGAGAUAUGAUUUGCAAGUGCAAGCCUAAAGGACACUGUUUAAAAAAAUAUGGAAAUCCGAAGAAUUUAUUGGCUCUUAACAUGGGGACGAUCAAAACAUUUGGAAAACAGAUAUUGGAGGCAUUAAAAUUUUUACAAGACAAGGGAUUUCCUUAUGGUCACCUCCACGCUGGCAACAUCAUCAUAAAUGGCAGCACUUGUCAGCUGCUGGAGCUUGAGAACUGGUUGCUCGGUCUGCCCUCGUAUCACAGACCCUUCUUCACUCAGUUCAAGAAGAUCCAGACCACAGAAGCGAUAGAUGUGUACUGCUUUGGACAUCUAUUGUACGAGAUGGCAUUUGGUAGACAACUGAAUACUGCGUCUUGUGAUGGCUUCCCACCUGACUGCCCGGCACAGAUACGAUCUGUGCUAGAAUCUAUACUGACGACUGAGGCCUGCAAGAACGGGCUACCGAGUGUAACAGACCUCAUGUCUCAUCCGCUGUUUGCUGAUGUAACUUUGGGUGUUAUGGAGAAGCCACAGCUGAAGGUUCCCAGCAAACUAAAGGAGUUUGUGCGUUCAGCGCGGGACCAGUUUGAACAACGGCUCAAAGAGGAACAAAAACUGAUUUCAAAAGUGAAGCGCAUCUCGAAAGCAAAAGAAUUCCACAUGUCAGAGGAUGAGAAGAAAAAGAGGCGAAAAUCGAGGAAGAAGGCUCUAGAGAAUGGUGAUGCAGAACCAACUUCUCCUACAUCACCAACAUCACCAACGUCUCAAACAUCGUCGUCAUCAUUCCCAGCUCCUACAUCACCUCCUGCAGCUAGUCCAAUGUCCACAGGUGCAGGCGACAACUAGCUGAGACCUGACAGAGAUCAUAAUUCACAGUGUUAGGUAUAAACUGUCUGUCUCAUGUGGGUGCAUGCAGAAUGUCUAGUACUACUUCUCUACAACUAUCUAUUUCAGUUUCCACUUCUUUUGCAACGUCUGUUGGCUUUGGCAAAUCAAGCUUAAUUGCAUCGUAGUGUCUGUCGGUAGAUGUUGUGCAUUUGUUUUGUGCAUACCAUAACCACAUCUGUUACUGCUAUUCAGUGUAUAUAAUCCAAGUUUGUUACUUUUUCGCUGCGGAUGUUGUUUUGUAACGCAAAUGUUUAUAGACCAGGUAACGUCGUGCAGUCCUAGGUCAAGAAGCGAGACAACAUAUAAGCAUUAUAAUCUUCUCUGUAGCACGCAUAUUAAUAAUGACAAUGACAAUACACUGCUAUUGCGCAUGGUGACUGUGUGUUGUCUACAAGUAAAGUGUAAAUGUUGCUCUGAUAAAUGAAAGUGUUGUUAAUGGUGUAAAUUGUCAGACAUAUAUAUUCCAGUGUGUCUAUGUGAAUGUUUCGAUACCAAACAAUAUCGGACCAUGUUGCCAACGUACAUGUUUUGGAUGAAUCUUUGCUCUCUUCACUUUUGUUUAAAUUGUCAGACAUAUAUAUUCCUACAUGUCUGCAUGAAUGUUUUGGUACCAAACAAUAUCGGACCAUGUUGCCAACAGACAAGCUGUGGAUAAGUCUUUGAUCUCUUCUUCAUCCUCCUUUCUUUCAGCACAUCAGUAUUGGCAACAUCUGUUCUUGCCUUUUCAUAUAGUGACAGAAUCUCAUUGGUGGAAACUUAGAGAGAUAGAAGUAUAUAAUCACUAUACUUGCUACUGCUCAGAAUGGCAUAUAAUAAUACUUGCUGCUAACCUCGGCUGUCUUUUGUUGCCUUUUGUAAGUUAACCUAAAUAGCAGUAAACCAGAAAGAGAAGAUGGCAUUAUAAUGAUAACUAUGUGAUAAUGAUAAUUAAACAAUUGAAACCAAACUGUCUUGAGGAUAACACAGGACAUUAGUGUGCAGGGUGAGGUGAAAUUGGGUUUUACGUCGUGCUUGAGAAUAUUUCGCUCAUAUGACGACGUGC